AUGGACUCAUCUGACGGUCUUGUGGCUUCGACAGCUGAAGAAGCUACUGAUGCUGCGACUCCUUUACUUCCACCUACCUCCCCCCGCUUUUACCGCUCGUCGCGCCACAGCUCCACCUCCUCCAUGUCUUCGUUGGACGACGAGCCUUCCGUCCCUUUUGACCGGCUCACAGUUCUCGAUCUAUUGGACUCAUUUUCUAUGGGCACUAAGAUUACUCAGAAAAUCAACUCUACUGUUCGUAAAAAAGGUGGCGAAUUUAAGUCACUAGCCCUUCGUCAGCGCGACCGUGUUUUGAAGGUUCGUGAUGACGAGUCAGUAGAACGGUUAAAGCAAAACUUUCUUAAACAGGUGGCGGACUUUGAGGCUCGUCUAGCAAAAGCUACCGUCAUAUCUAUUACAGAAAAGCUUACAUUUGCUUUUGGUCUGCUUAACGUUUUUUUUGCUGGGUACAUCAUUGGUGCUCUGCCAGAAUACUUUCAUGUUUUUUAUACUGCCGAGAUGGUUGUUCUUCUUCCAGUGCGCAUUUUCACUUAUCGAUACAAGCAAUACACAUAUUUCCUUGCUGAUCUAUGUUACUUUGUCAAUGCUCUUUGUCUUAUUUUUAUUUGGGCAUUCCCUUCUUCAGAAGCUCUUUUCAUUUCUUGCUAUGCGCUCACGUUUGGAACGCUCUCCUGGGCUGUAGUGACUUGGCGCAACUCGCUUGUGCUUCACUCCAUUGAAAAGACAACCUCUUCGGCAAUUCAUAUUCUUCCUCCAGUUGUCUUCCAUGUCAUUACCCAUAUUAUUCCAGCAGAAUAUAAGGCACAACGAUUUCCUGGUGCAAAUAAGGUGGAGCGCUGGCGCAUGGUACAAGGUCUUCUUUGGGCCUCUAUAACAUACCUUAUUUGGCAGUCUCUUUACCAUUAUUUUAUUACUGUCCGCCGUAAAGAAAAGAUCAAAGCUGGCAGACUCACAAGUUUCGAGUGGCUUCGAAAAUCUUACGCAAACACCCCGCUUGGUCGUUUUGUAAACGGUCUUCCGGAACCAUUCCCAGUUUUUGCUUUUACCUUAAUCCAAUACGGAUACCAACUUUCAACCAUGCUUUUAUGUCCCUUGUGGUAUGCGAGCUCACUUCUAUCCGGGCUUUUCAUGACCUUUAUUCUUUUCAUUGCUGCCUACAAUGGAGCCACAUACUACAUUGAUAUUUUUGGUAAACGCUUCCAGAAAGAAAUGAUUCGUCUACAAGCUGAAGUUGAAAAGUCAAACAGUAUCAAUGGUAUAUCUUCGGCUCAAUCUGCACCGCCUAGCGCUACAUCCAGCCCUGUAUUAAAUCCUGUCAGACCGCAGAGCGCUAAUACUGACUCAUUUACUUUGGGAGCUGCUGCUUUGGACCCCUCUGAAGAGACCAGUACAGUCAAGAGCACAGAUGCUCUUACAGAAACCUCUAAUGCUACCAGCACUUCUGUGGACAUAAACCGAAGUUAG